AUGUCUUUUGAUCUAGUAGCAGGCAAUGCCCGUUCCAAUUUUGUAUUCAAAAAUUGGGCAGGUAUUUAUUCGUGUAGACCGCAAUUAUAUUUCCAACCUAAUUCGAUCGAUGAAGUCGUGCAGAUCGUUAAAGCUGCCAUAGAACAAGGCAAGACCAUUGUUACCGUUGGAUCUGGUCAUUCUCCUAGUGAUAUGUGUGUUACAGACCAAUGGUUGAUGAAUUUAGACAAUUUGAACUCUGUUGUAGAAUUCAAGGAAAAUAAAGAGGAGUUGUACGCCGAUGUUACCGUCGAAGCAGGUCUUAGAAUCUACCAGUUGAGUGAAAUCUUAGCUGAGAAGGGAUACGCAAUCCAAAAUUUGGGAUCCAUCUCCGAACAAAGUGUCGCAGGUAUCAUUUCUACUGGUACUCAUGGAUCUUCUCCAUAUCACGGAUUGGUGUCGUCCCAAUAUGUAAACCUGACCAUCGUGAACGGUAAGGGAGAGGUCGUAUUCUUGGAUUCUGAAAACUCUCCUGAAGUGUUUAGAGCCGCUACAUUGUCUUUAGGUAAGAUCGGUAUUAUUGUCAAGGCUACUAUUAGAGUGAUCCCAGAAUUUAAUAUCAAGUCUACUCAAGAAGUGAUCCACUUUGAGACUCUAUUAAACAAUUGGGAAACUAUCUGGACAUCUAGUGAAUUCAUCAGAUGUUGGUGGUACCCAUACACUAGAAAAGUGGUCUUGUGGAGAGGAUCUAAAACUGAGGAACCUUUAACAGCUCCAAGAAAAUCUUGGUGGGGAAGCACUUUUGGUCGUUUCAUUUAUGAAUCUUUGAUCUGGAUCAGUGUGAAAAUUUAUCCGGCACUAACGCCAUACGUCGAAUCAUUUGUGUUCCACCAACAAUAUGGCCGUGUCGAAACUUAUGGUAGUGGUGAUGUUUCUGUGCAAACUUCGAUCGCUGGAUUGAACAUGGACUGCCUAUUUUCUCAAUUUGUUGACGAAUGGGGGUGUCCUCUAAACAAUGGACCAGAGGUCUUACGUUCUUUGGACUACUCAAUCACUCAAGCGGCACAAAACAAGGAAUUCUUUGUUCACGUUCCAGUAGAAGUCCGUUGCUCAAAUACAACACUACCUGCUGAAAUUCCAGAUUACUCUAAUAGAACAAAGACAUCUGCUGGUCCAGUAUUCGGUAACACUUUACGUCCAUAUCUGGAUGCUACUCCACGUCAUUUAAGAUACGCUCCAUUGUCUGACGUUACAAACUCACAGUUGUCAUUAUACAUCAAUGCUACAAUUUAUAGACCAUUCGGUAGUAAUUCUCCAAUUCACAAGUGGUUCACUUUGUUCGAAGACACAAUGGGUGCUGCUGGUGGUAAACCUCACUGGGCAAAGAAUUUCUUGGGUGCAACUUCUAUGGCUGCAGGUAAAGUAAAGGACGAAAAAGACUACGAUGAUUAUGAAAUGAGAGGUAUGGCUACCAAGAUUAAAGAAUGGUACGGAGAAGAUCUACUGAAGUUCCGCGAAAUCAGAUCCCAGCAAGAUCCGAAUAACGUUUUUAUGGCUAACAAAGAAUGGGCCAUUCGUAAUGGUAUCAUUGAACCAUAG